ACGAACAUUGAUCAGCUGUAGUAAUCGAAGCCAGGCUUUGGUUGCCACUUGCCAGAGAUAUCAGGUGAUAUGGAGUUGGAGUCGGUGGAGUCGGUUAAGAGUGCAAGUGAUGGGAUCGUGAUGUGAAGAGUGCCGUGAGAAAACUCAGGCACGGUUCAGAUGACAUUUAAAAGUCCGGACGACCCAAAUAUUUCCAAAUUAUGGGUCGAAUAGCGAAAAGUAAACAUACGUCACAAUCAGAAAUAGAUGGAGAUACGUGGACACGUGUGAUACGAUUAGGUUAUAUAAUGUAAUCGCGAUUUUUACGUGCUGUGAUAAUUUUCGCACUAUCCGGAUACGAAGCACUAUCUCUUAAUCGUUAAUCAGACCAAGAUAUGGAAGAAUAAAUUAGGUAGAGGACCUAAUUAAUUCAAUAUGCAGUACCCGCAAUCAUUGGCUGUAGUUAUCAUUGGAUGAAGAUAAAGUACAUUUAGAACAAUUGAAUAUCUUUCUUCUCGGAUGUAUUUAAUGUUUCUGAAAAGUAUACUAAUAUGAGGAACGCUACGUCGGAAAAGGUUCCGUUGCAUUCGAUCCUGAGAGUCAACAAUAAUGAUGUUAAAGAAUUUACUUGCGGCUGGGGCGCCGCUAUCAUCAACGUCAGCGUUACUUUUCCAAUUAAUAAAAUCAUUUUCAGACAGAUUUUGGAGGGAGUGCCUGUGGGCGCCGCGGUCGGGCAGCUAUCGCGAGAGGGGAUACGGCUGCUGUAUCGUGGAAUUUUGCCGCCUCUAUGCCAAAAGACCCUGUCCCUCAGUCUGAUGUUCAGCAUGUACGAGGGCUGCAAGCGGAGGAUCUGCCUGCUGUCCGGGAACGACGUGCUGGCCAAGAUACUGGCGGCGAACAUAGCCGGCACGAUGGAGGCUCUCCUCAUGCCGCUCGAGAGGGUGCAGACGCUGCUGCAGGACUGGCGGUAUCACGACAAGUUCAAGAACACCCCCCACGCGUUCAGGUACCUGUUGACGAAUCACGGAGUGACCGAGUGCUACCGCGGUAUGGUUCCUAUCAUAUACAGAAACGGUCUGUCCAAUCUCAUGUUCUUCACGCUGCGGGACCGGUCGAAGGUGCUGCUGGGCGAGAAGGAGUCGCUGCUGACGAACUUCGUCAGCGGCGCCCUGAUCGGCGGCUUCACCAGCACCGUGUUCUACCCGAUGAACGUGAUCAAGAUACACAUGCAGAUGAAGAUAGGCGGCGACUUUGAGAAAUUCCUGGCUGUGACACGCGAGGUGUACAUCUCCAGGGACCGAAGCAUAACUUCCUUUUACAAGGGCGUGCAUUUGAACUACAUGAGGUCCUUCAUUAGUUGGGGUGUGAUUAAUGCGUCGUACGAUUUCUUGAAGAAGAUCAUUUUCUAGGUUCGGUUUAGUAGGGGGGAAAAAAAGAUGUAUUUUUAUUCGGAUUUGUUUAUAGGGGACAAAUUUCACGACUGGAUGUACAUUAGGUAUCUGACUCUAGAAUUUCUAGAUGAUAAUAGGAAAUUUUUUUUUUUUAAAGAAAUGUGGAUACGUGUGCCCGUGUGUGUUGCAGUCGCACAUUCUUCCUGCUGUAAAUAUGUAGAAUAUGCAGGAAUAACACAAGAAGGUCCACUGUUUGACAUAUGCAUGUGCAAACUCUGUGUAGCUUUUUAAUGACUAUUUUUGGAGAUAUCAGCUGACUGACUUGUUCCUUUUUUUUUAACGAACAAGGAUGACGCAGCAUAAAUUUUAAAGAAUACAUCAAGUUUUCUCUUUGUUUACAGAAAAAUUUUACAAUUUACAGAUAUAGAUAGGGGUAAUUAAUAUUUUUAUCUUUGAUAAUUUGAUACUCUGCCUUUAUGGACAUACAUAUUUGAAAGUUUUGUACAUAAACGUAUAAAUCCUUCAAAUCCUUCUGUGUGAUUAAUGAGGCAGAGGAAAGUAUUAAAUGAAUAAAUUUAGACAGUUAGUCAUGGGUGCAAAGUGCUUUCAGAUGAUUUUUAAUUGUCUACGUUUAUUCCACAAAUUUUAUAUAAUCAAAUUACGCUGGUAUGCUCUUUGGAAAUUCUUUAAAUUUCAGAAUAUCUAAAAGCAUGCUUUCAAGAUUAUAAGUGAUUUAUAAAAACAAUUAUAACGAAAAUCAUGAUUUAUAAACAGUGUGUGAAUAUAAUAUGGUGUCACACAAACGAGAGGAAGAUAUAUUAAUUAUAAAACUAUUCACAUAAUGUGAUAUUACUGUGUAAUGUAAAAAUACGUCGGGGACUUCUCCCUCAUAAAACAGUGCUUGCGAAAGGGAAGCAAAGAGAAAUACGUGUAAAUGUACAUACAUAUAGCUCAUUAUUUAAAUACAACGCUAUUUUUUUAUACGGCAUUAAUUUUGUAUCAUAUGUAUAGCGACGAUACUUUUAUUUCGAAAUAUAUAUGGAGGUUUUGAGACACGGAUACAAUUCAAUCGAUGAGGUAUAAUAGGUCGUACAUCACGUUAUUAAUGGUAGUAUCAUUUAAUAAGUCAAUUUACACCAAGUAGAACAUAUGUAUCGAGUGACAUUUAUAUCUGUUGAACCGUUCACGUUGUAUACAAAACAAAAUGUCAAAUUAAUGCUGAGGACAAUAUAAUUUUGGUAUCGGUUACA